CACCCUCAUCCUUAUUCCUCAAUCCUCACCCCUGGUUCUAUCCAAAACCCACCCUCAUCUUCUCUGCUGCGUAGCUCCCUCCAUUUCUGAGCUCUCCUUCUCAAUGUCUCUCCCUCUCCCAAGCCACUUUCUAGGUGGAAAAGUUGACAUAGGUACUAGUAUACCCACCACUCGUGUUGGUUUUUGGAGGACAGAAAUAGAGUGCAAAGAGUCAAGAAUAGGAAAGCAGCCAAUUGUCGUGCCGACUAAUGUGGCAGUUACGAUGGCUGGGCAGGAUCUGAAAGUGAAGGGUCCUCUUGGUGAACUAUCAAUCACUUAUCCUAAGGAAGUACUAGUUGAGAAGCAGGAUUCUGGAUAUUUGAGGGUCAGAAAGGCUGUGGAAACAAGAAGAGCCAAUCAAAUGCAUGGACUUUUCAGGACCCUUACAGAUAACAUGGUAAUUGGCGUCUCUAAAGGAUUCGAUAAGAAGCUUCAGUUAGUUGGUGUUGGGUAUCGUGCUAUGGUUGAAGGGAAAGAUCUCGUAUUAAGUCUCGGGUUUUCUCAUCCAGUAAGGAUGGCUAUCCCAGAUAACCUGCAAGUGAAGGUGGAAGAAAACACCAGAGUAACCGUAAGUGGACGUGAUAAAUCUGAAGUUGGUCAGUUCGCUGCAACGAUUAGGAGCUGGCGACCUCCGGAACCAUACAAGGGAAAAGGUGUAAGAUACGUAGAUGAAGUGGUGCGUCGUAAAGAAGGUAAAGCCGGAAAGAAGAAAUGAUACGAUAUCAUCGUUUGUUGCUGGUAUUCUCCGCUGUUCUGCAGCCUUAGAAAUGAUGUUGUACUUGACAAAGAAAGGAAUUUGUGUCUAGUCGCACAUUUUUGUUGCAUUCUUCUGUUGUAUCAAUUGACUCAUAGUAAUUAGUAAUACGUAUGUUCUUAUUGGGUUAGUGAUCCAAAAAUUUAAAUUUGAAAGAACAAUUCUUACA